GACCAUUAAUCCGCUGGCCCGGGCCAUCCGAGAACAAUGAAAUGAAGGAGGUGAAAAUGUUUCGUAAGGGAAGACACUCAGUUACAAUGACUCCGUUUUGACAGUUUACAUUGGGCACCGCUAUGUUUACUUGUAAAAAAUUAAUGCACCGCACACCAGAGAAUAGGCAUGCUAAAGGGAACGACACUUGUUGUGUAGAUGAGGCUCACAACCUAUGCCUGUCACACCUGGUCCCUACUGCCUUAUCCUAGGCUGGUUACUUGAAAAUGUUUUCAUUUCGGAGUAAGUCAAUUGUAUUCGAUGGAUUUCCAGACCCUUCUGACACUUGGGAAAUAGUUGAGACUAUUGGCAAAGGAACGUAUGGUAAAGUUUUUAAAGUUGUGAAUAAGAAAAAUGGAAGCAAAGCUGCUGUAAAGAUCAUGGAUCCAUUUCAUGAAGAUAUUGAUGAAGAGAUUGAAGCGGAAUACAACAUCCUGAAGGCAUUAUCUGACCAUGCAAAUGUUGUAAAGUUCUAUGGAAUGUACUUCAAGAAAGAUGCAAAGACUGGGGAUCAGUUGUGGCUAGUCCUGGAGUUGUGCAAUGGAGGAUCUGUCACUGAUCUAGCGAAAGGUCUUCUGAAGAGAGGAGAAAGGAUGAAUGAACUCAUCAUUGCUUAUAUUUUGCAUGAAGCUCUUAUGGGCCUUGAUCAUUUACAUAGCCAUAAGACAAUUCACCGUGAUGUCAAAGGAAACAAUAUCCUGCUAACUACAGAAGGUGGUGUCAAACUUGUGGAUUUUGGUGUAUCAGCACAGCUAACUAACACUCGUCUCCAAAGGAACACAUCAGUAGGGACCCCUUUCUGGAUGGCCCCAGAGGUCAUAGCGUGUGAACAGCAGGUGGAUACGACGUAUGACACAAGAUGUGAUGUCUGGUCUUUAGGUAUUACAGCCAUAGAAUUAGGAGAUGGCGAUCCUCCGCUGGCUGACUUACAUCCAAUGAGAGCCCUGUUUAAAAUACCAAGGAAUCCGCCUCCAACUUUGCGUCAGCCAGAAUUGUGGUCACCGGAGUUUAAUGACUUUAUCAGCAAGUGCCUUACCAAAGAUUUUGAAAAGCGUCCCAUGGUUUGUGAUCUCUUGGAACAUCCUUUUAUUAGGCAAAUAAGACAUAAUGAAAGAGUACUUCAAAAGCAGCUAAUGGAAUUCAUAGAUAUCCACCAGCAAAUGGGGAUAAUGGAGAAGAAGAGGCAUGAGAGGAUUCAUACCAAGAAAGGCAUCUUCAGAGAGUCUAUGACAUCCAACCAGAAUGAUGUGGAUGACUUGGCAACCUUAGAAGUCCUCGAUGAGAAUACUGUGACAGACCAGCUUCAGAAGCGUUACAACAGAGAUCAGAUAUACACCUAUGUGGGGGAUAUCCUUAUUGCUGUCAAUCCAUUCCGAAGUCUGGAUCUCUAUUCAUCACAGCAUUCGGAAACAUAUGCCAGUGCAAAAAGGACAUCUAACCCACCACAUAUCUUUGGUGUGGCUGAUAUAGCUUAUCAGUCUAUGGUUACUUAUAAUUCUGAUCAAUGCAUUGUCAUAUCUGGUGAAAGUGGGGCUGGAAAGACAGAAGGAGCUCAUCUUUUGGUCCAGCAACUCACAGUCCUUGGAAAGGCAAACAACAGGACCUUACAGGAGAAGAUUUUGCAGGUGAAUAACCUGGUGGAAGCUUUUGGAAAUGCAUGCACUAUCAUUAAUGAAAAUUCAAGUCGCUUUGGGAAAUACUUAGAGAUGAAAUUCACCAACAAUGGAACAGUUGUAGGAGCCCAGAUUUCUGAAUAUCUUCUGGAAAAAUCCAGAGUUGUCCACCAGGCGAUAGGAGAAAAAAAUUUCCACAUUUUCUAUUACAUUUACGCCGGAUUGUCAGAGAAGAAGAAACUUGUACAUUAUAAAUUGCCAGAAAACAAGCCUCCCAGAUACCUACAGAAUGAGCAUAUUAAAAUGGUACAAGAUUUUAUGAAUAACACGUCCUAUAAAACUCAGUUUGACUUAAUUGAACAGUGUUUCAAAGUAAUAGGUUUUACAAUGGAGGAACUCGGAAGUGUGUACAGUAUCCUGGCUGCUAUUCUGAAUGUGGGGAAUAUAAACUUCACGUCGGUGGCGUCAGAACAUCAGAUAGAUAAGAGCAACAUCUCCAAUCCAUCUGUACUGGAAAACUCUGCCUCCUUACUCUGUAUACAACCGGAUGAACUACAAGAUGCGCUCACCUCUCAUUGUGUGGUCACACGAGGAGAAACCAUAAUUCGUCAGAAUACUGUGGAGAAAGCAGCGGAUGUUAGAGACGCCAUGUCCAAAGCAUUAUAUGGUCGACUCUUUAGCUGGAUUGUAAACCGCAUCAACGCUUUACUGAAACCAAGCGCCAAGUUAAGCGAGGAGGAAGAGGGCUACAGUAUUGGGAUUCUCGAUAUCUUUGGCUUUGAGAAUUUUAAAAAGAAUUCCUUUGAACAACUCUGCAUUAACAUUGCAAAUGAACAAAUACAGUUCUACUUCAACCAACACAUAUUUGCUUGGGAACAGAAUGAAUAUUUAAAUGAAGAUGUGGAUGCAAGAGUCAUUGAGUAUGAUGAUAACAGGCCACUACUGGACAUGUUCCUGCAAAAACCUAUGGGUCUGCUCUCUCUUCUUGAUGAGGAAAUAAAAUUUCCUAGGGCAACUGAUCAAACCCUAGUAGAAAAGUUUGAAGACAACCUUAAGUCUAAGUAUUUUUGGAGACCAAAGAGAGUAGACUUAACAUUUGGAAUCCAUCAUUAUGCUGGAAAGGUCCUCUACAAUGCAGCUGGCUUCCUUGAAAAAAAUCGGGACACCUUGCCAGCUGACAUUGUGCUUCUCCUCCGGUCCUCUGAAAAUAAUCUCAUUCGUAUAUUGGUGACUAAUCCGCUAACAAAAACAGGCAACCUUGCUCAUACUAAAACAAAAGCGAGAGUAAAUUCACAAACACUAGCCAUGCCGAAAUCCUCCAGCCACAGCAAGGGCGAUUUGGGAGAUGCCCGCCAUCCUCGAGAGACAACUAACAUGAAAACACAAACCGUGGCAUCGUAUUUUAGGUAUUCCUUGAUGGACUUAUUGUCAAAAAUGGUGGCAGGACAGCCGCACUUUGUACGAUGCAUAAAACCAAAUAAUGAUCGCCUGCCAAAUAAGUUUGAUCGGGAAAAAGUAUUGGUGCAACUAAGGUACACAGGGAUUCUGGAAACAGCGAGAAUACGCCAGCUGGGAUACUCACACCGCAUUCUCUUUGCCAACUUUAUCAAGAGAUACUACCUGAUUUGCUUUAAGUCCUAUGAAGAUACACCAGUCAGCCCGGAAUGCUGUGCAUCCAUACUAGAGAAAGCAAACUUACACCACUGGGUUUUAGGAAAAACUAAAGUCUUCCUCAAAUAUUACCAUGUUGAACAGCUGGAUCGAAUGAUAAAGACGAUAGUCAAUAGAAUUGUUCUUUUUCAAGCCUGUGUCAAAGGAUGGAUGGGAGCCAAAAAAUACCAAAAACUGAAGCAGAAACGAGAGCAAAGUGCAGUAAAAAUCCAAUCAGCUUACAGAGGCCACACCGUACGGAAAGAAAUGCAUGCAAAGUCUGAAAAGACAGAAAGUUUCAUUACCAAAUUCCAAGCACGUGCCAGAGGAUACUUGGUCAGGAAGAAACUCAUGUUAAAAAAAGAGACCGAUGCAGCAACUACAAUCCAGUCUCACUAUCGCGGCUUCAAGGAGCGAAAGAGUUUUGAGAGAAAGAAGGAAUCAUUAAAGAGAAAACAAUGUCUAAAUUCCGGUGAAAUUACGAAGACUGAGGAAAAAGAGGGGACACAAGAAGCCAACAAAACCAGCGAAGGUAAAAGUGAGGAAGAAGCAGCCGUCGUAAUACAAAGUCAUUACCGAGGACACCAACAAAGGAAGCACCUGAAAGAAGAAAGGGAAAAAACACAAACUAAAAAUAAUACAAAGCCACCUGAAAAUCAAAACGAAAACACUCCGGAAAUGGAAAAAGAACAAUGUGAAAUUGAUAACAAUGAUGAAGAAGAGAAUAAAGCUGCUGUAGUCAUCCAAAGCAACUACCGGGGUCACAGAGAAAGGAAGAAAUUCAAAGAGGAGAGACAGAAAGAUACAAAAUCUUACUCAUUGCCUGACAACACUGAAGACGAAACCCAAAAAGACGACCAUCCAGUUGCUGGAGGUAAAAACUCUCAGAAUAGUGUAAAUUCCAAUAAAGUUAGCAAUGGACAUGCCAAAACUCCGGAUGAUGAAGAGAAAGCAGCAGUUGUUAUACAAAGUAACUACCGUGGUUUAAGAGAGAGAGAAAGACUGAAGAAGGAAGGGAAAAUUCCCAACAAAAACAGCACAUUGGGACCAAAUCACACGAGCAAUGGAACCCCCAGUGUAUUAAAUGAAAUGGAAGAUCUGGCAUUCUUCACCGAACAGAUUUCCAGAUUGUCAGAAAACUAUUUAAUUCUGCAGCAAAGGCUGAAUGAUAUGAUUAUGUCUAAUCAGCUGAAUCCUGAAGUCACCGCGGAGUUAAUGAAAGUGAACACAAUGACAGAGAAAGAUUCCCAUCAAAAUAAGACAGAUGUUGGUAAGCCUCAGAGGGGUCCAAGAAGACAGAAUCCUAAGACGUUAACCAGCCCAGAUGAGUCUACAUACUACAGUCUCCUACAUUUGCCAUACAAAGAUGAGAAGCGGAAACCAAGGAAAGAAGGUCAAGGCAAGGUUUUGGAAUCAGAAGAUUAUUAUAGAGAGAUUUAUUGCAAACAUUCAAUGUCAAUAAAUAAUCCAAAAACAUACGAUGGUUUUUCUGCCAUGGAAUUUUCUCUCCUAAACCCAAGUGAGAGAUCUUCAGCAGUAGUGGAUCCAGAGCAAGAAAAUGCAAUGGAAGACAACCCAUAUGACUACAGGAAAAUACUCCGAAAAACAUCUCAGCGGGAUCGCCUUUUACAUUGAUUUUUGAUACAAUUUUUAAUUUAUUAUUACAUAUAUUUGUGUAGAUGUUUCCUCCUUUCAUUGUUCAUAGCUCUUUUCAUAAAGACGAUGCAACUUUUUUUGUUUUGAUUAUACAGCGCUUUUUCAAUGUUAUUUUUCUGAUUGUAUAUUACUGAGUUGGUGCUCUUUCCCUUCAUGCCAUAGGUUUUGCAUUACAGAUCUUUGCUCAAUGGCUGCACAUUUUCGAAGAAUUUUGCAUGGGUGGACCCCAGAAAGUUGCCCCAAUGAAACAUAAACAUUACAGGGGGUACUAGAUUUUUAAAGGGAUAUUCUACAAGAGAUGGUGUGUGCA